CCCUCGGCUCGUCAUUAUGCUAACAAAUAGCAUUUUUCGGCCCCUCCUCAGAGGAUACCCCCAUGAGCCCGGCCUUUCUCGUAUACUCCAUUGGCUCCUUUAGACGGUGGCAAUGCUGUGAAGAGCCAAGCUGUCCAUUCGGGAGGUCCUAUAAUCCGCGUUCUAGCGCGCGUCCUCCGUGCAAGGGUUUGAGUUGAAUCGCCGUAACAUCGGAGUUAGUUUGCUGUUGUAUUUUGAUCGGAUAAUUGUUUGCAUUUGGUCUCCCGUACGUAGUACGGAGUGCGCGCCGGCAAACUAAGCAUAAAGCUCGGCAGUCAGAGCUGUCAAGCGUUCCGUUCACAUGUUGGUACUGGGUCCGUGUAGAUACCAAAGCUGAUUGCAUCUCAUCAAACCACGUAGCAGAAAGGUGGUAAUAGAUAGCCCCGCUUCAGGCACAUCUAUCAGCGCUUCUAAGCGGACGCCGUUAGUUUGCCCGGUUAAUCGAUAUCCGUGUGGUAUGUUGCUGUCAAUUGCGAGACGUCUCCUCUCCUUUUUUUUCUUCCCCAUAUAGCCUUGACAAUAGCCAACAUUGCAUCUGUCUAGUUGACAAGACUCAACGGCCCCCUCGAUACUGCAUGAUACACUUUGUACCUGUUCUUUCCAAAGCACAAUGGCGAUCCGAUUGAGUCGCAAACAGCGAUUGCUCGCGACGAUACUCAUUUCCUUUUCGUUCUUCGUGGCUGAACUCAUCGCCGGAUUUUACACCCACUCUCUUGCUCUGAUCGCCGAUGCGUUCCACUAUUUGAGCGAUUUGAUUGGAUUUAUAGUGGCCUUGGUCGCUGUCGUAGUAUCUGAACAACCAAAUCCGCCACCACAAAAAUUCACUUUCGGUUGGGCGCGUGCAACGCUUUUAGGCGCGUUUUUCAAUGGCGUAUUCCUUUUGGCGCUCGGUGUCAGCAUCCUUGUUCAAGCCAUCGAACGCUUUGUCAACGUGACCGUCGUCGAUCAACCCAAGAUUGUCCUGAUUGUGGGAUGUGUUGGCUUAGGGCUGAAUCUGCUUGUCAUGUCGUUUCUUCACGAUCACGACCACGAUCAUGGUGAUGGCCACGGCCACAGCCAUGAACACGCACAUGCAGACGAGCACGACCAUAGCCACAGUCAUGGACAUGAAACCCUGCACGAGGAAGACGCAGCCACAAGGAUAAAUGAUGGAACAGCCCCUGAGGCGGAAGCUCGGCCCACGUCUCCUUCGAGCGGCCACCACGAGCACAGGCACGUAUCGGUCACACCUUCUCGCCCAGGUAGAGAUUUGGGGAUGCUUGGCGUCCUGAUCCACGUAGUCGGCGAUGCCAUCAACAACGUUGGCGUCAUAGUAUCAGCCCUCAUCAUCUGGAAGGCCCACGGGGAAGCGAGAUAUUAUGCUGACCCUGCUAUUGGCGUGUUUAUAUCUUUGAUGAUUUUCUUGACCGCAUGGCCAUUGACAAAGAGCAGCGGCCGUAUUCUGCUGCAGAUUGCUCCCAAUGAGAUAAAUCCCGACGACGUAAAGCAUGAUAUCAAGAAGAUUCCCGGUGUCGAGUCUGUGCAUGAACUUCACAUCUGGCGACUAGACCAGCGCAAGUCCAUCGCGUCUGCACAUGUUGUCGUCGACGGUAGGACCGUCAGAAGCUUUGCAGACACGGCCAAGACGAUCAUGGAAUGCCUGCACGCGUACGGCAUCCACUCGGCAACACUGCAGCCUGAGGUGCUGCCUGCCCACGAGCUGCAGCAAGCCCAGAGCUCAUCCGUGUCUCCGGGCUCGGAUGCCGGUGCAGCGACUCGAAGGCGACUGGACAACGGCGCACAUUGCCAGAUCGUAUGCGGGAGUCAUUGCGGUGAAAUGAGAUGCUGCACGCCGGUACACAUCUCUUGAAGAGCCGACACUGCCGGCUUGGGAGAAGGGCGCUCUGGCUGCAAGGCAAGAAUAGAAGCCCCGUUCUCACUUGAAGACGGCAGCUUAAGAAACGUGAGCAGAGCCUGGUAAGCUCUUCGUUCUAGGGGUUUCGGCUAAUAAUAAGCGCAUGGGGAGACAUGUACUCGUAGCUAUUGGCAGCUUUGACAAUAGGGGGAACACAGUUCCGUGGCAGCAAACAUGGUGCGUGGAAUUAGAAAAGGUAGAAAAUCUUUAAUCAUGGUUUUG